AUGGCAUAUAAGAAUUAUUCUAAGGCCUAUUUGUGCGGAAAGAGCUUGACCUUGAAGGACCUGGAGCUUUCCGAAGUGCCACCGAGGCCUUCCGCGUUGCAGAUAAUGAGUGAGAUUGCUGGGCUCAAGUGUCUCACCAAGCUCUCUGUUUGCGACUUCUCUAUCAGAUACCUCCCUCCAGAAAUUGGCUGCGUAUACAAUUUGGAAUAUCUAGAUCUUUCAUUCAACAAGAUGAAGAGUUUUCCAGCUGAAAUUAGUAAUUUAAAUGCCUUGAUAGCGUUAAAAGUUGCUAACAAUAAAUUGGUGGAGUUACCUUCGACUUUGUCCUCUCUGCAAAGGUUGGAGAUCUUGGACCUGUCAAAUAAUAAGUUGACAUCACUAGGGUUUCUUGAACUUGACUUGAUGCACCUCCAGAAUUUAAAUCUUCAGUACAACAAGCUUCUCAUGCAUUUUCAAAUACCUUCAUGGAUAUGCUGCAAUUUGGAAGGGAAUGGAAAGGACACACUCGAUGAUGAUUGUAGCAGUUCCUCUGUUGAAAUGGAUGUAUAUGAAACCCCCAUUCAGAAGAAUGAUGAAAGUCUUUCUCGUAGAGGCUCUCGUCAUAGUUCAACAAGCCUAAUUAUUGGGCAUGGGCAUCCGUCAAACAGUCGGUGUUGUGCAGCUCGGAAGUCAGGUAGGUGGCGGAAGCAAGGGUAUCAUUUGCAGCAGAGAGCUCGUCAAGAGCGCCUGAACAACAGCAGGAAGUGGAGAGGUAUGGAUCCUUCCAAUUUGUUACACUUGAAGGAAGAUGGAGAAUGUAAACCAGGCAACACAGAUCGUCUUGCUUCUGAAUCUUAUCCUGAAGGGGCAUCAGAUAUUAUCAAUCUGGAUAAUGAUGAUGGUGAUAAAGAUUCACUCUCUAGGGAAGUUCAAAGUGAAAAUGUCCAUGAAGAUGUUGUAUGCCGUAAAGUGAGUUUGAAGAAGGAGCUUGAUGUAGGAAAUUGCUCAUCUGUCAGCAUUGACUCUAACACAGUAGAUAAAAGUGAUGAAAAGGAUUUCUGUGAGUUUGAUGCAUCGUCGAUCCCCGGUCAAGAGGUUUCUGCUAAGCAAGAUGAAGGUACAUUGUCAGAAAUAUCAAAAAGCACAACUCACCACAAGAGGCCCUUUGAUGGGCAUCAUGAUAAUCCGAGACAGCUCAAGUAUCCAAGAUCUAGGGCUGCUGAUAGUUCAAAUUUAUCUCGCAAGUAUAGUGAACUUUCAUUUUGCAGUACUGAGGAUGAUCUUUCAGAAGGCUUUUAUGAUGCAGGACGUGACAGGCAGUUUAUGCCACUAGAGGUUUAUGAGCAAAAUUUCCAUCUUGACUCACGCGAAGUUCUUCUUGUGGACAAGGAAUGGGAUGCAGAGUUGGAUUCAAUUUUACGUUCUGCCCAAGAAUCGGUGUAUCGUUUAUAUUCAGAUGGAAAUCAAGCUGAUGAGCUACAGAUUGCAUCGUUUCUUGCUCUUUUUGUAUCGGAUCACUUUGGGGGAACUGAUAGGGGUGCUCUUGUUGAAUGGGCACGUAAAGCUAAUCCUCUUUCAGACUACAGGAAGCCCUUUGUUUGCACUUGCCCAACAGGAAACAUGGACUCUAUUAGUUUGUCUACUAAACCAGUUCCAAAGACUGUUGAAGAUAUUGGGUUUUCUGAUCUCUGUGAGAAAUCUCUCCGUUCUCUUAAAGCACGACGAAAGUCCAUCAUAAUUCCCAUUGGAACCUUGCAGUUUGGUGUGUGUAGGCAUAGAGCAUUGCUAUUCAAGUAUCUAUGUGAUCGAUUGAAGCCUCGAGUACGUUGUGAGCUUGUUAGGGGUUACUUGGAUUUCAUGCCACAUGCGUGGAAUAUUAUAUUAAUCAAAAGAGGGUCCUCAGAGAUUCGGAUGGUAGUUGAUGCAUGUCGUCCGCUUGAUAUAAGAGAGGAGACAAAUCCUGAAUAUUAUUGCAGGUAUAUUCCUCUCUGUAGGACCAAAGUUUCUCCUCCAAUUAGUCCUACUUCCUACCCUUCUGUGUCCUCUUGUGGUGAAACUCCAAAAAAAUCUGUUACUUCGCUCAUCCGGCUCAAAUAUGGAUCAAAUGAGGCAGCAGGAAAGAUGCGUACUUUAGAGGUAUGUGGGGCUUUAACGGAUGAAAUUAGGAACUUUGACUACAGUUGCUUAGGAGAAAUAAGAAUUUUAGGUGCUCUGAAACACCCAUGCAUAGUAGAAAUGUAUGGGCAUCAGAUAUCAUCCAAGUGGGCUCCUUCUGUAGAUGGUUGUCAUGAGCAUCGGAUAUUGCAAUCAAUAAUUUGGAUGGAGGACAUAAAGGACGGUUCCUUACAGAGUUUUAUACAAAAGCUUUCAAAAGCUGGUGAGAAGCAUGUCCCGGCGGAGUUAGCUUUGUGCAUAGCUAAAGAUGUCGCAUGUGCACUAGUGGAGUUGCAUUCAAAGCACAUAAUUCAUCGUGACAUAAAAAGUGAAAAUAUUUUGGUUGAUUUGGAUAAGAAGAGAGCUGAUGGAACAUCUGUUGUGAAGCUUUGUGAUUUUGAUAGAGCAGUUCCUCUUCGGUCUUACUUGCAUACAUGCUGUAUCGCCCAUAUAGGAACACAUCAAGCGGAUGUUUGUGUUGGAACACCUCGAUGGAUGGCCCCAGAGGUUUUGCGAGCAAUGCAUAAACGAAAUAUUUAUGGACUGGAAGUUGAUAUCUGGUCCUUUGGGUGCCUGCUGUUGGAAAUGUUGACUUUGCAAAUUCCGUAUGCGGGAGUAUCUGAAAUGGAGAUUAAUGAACUUCUGACAAUGGGAAAACGGCCAAAGUUGACAGAGGAGUUGGAGGCAUUUCGGUCAUUGGACGAGCCAAUAAUGACUCAAGCUGGUGCGGAGCUUGACGGAACAGAGGCCGACUUAGACACACUGAGGUUUCUUGUUGACUUGUUCUACCAAUGUACUGAGGAGAAUCCGCAGAAUCGUCCGACAGCUGACAACCUUUACGAAUUGUUACUCAAACACAGCAGCUCUCCUCCAAAAUCAAGAACUUAGAAAUACUAGGUUGAACUUUUAGGCAAUAAUAAUCUAUAGAGAACUCCAAAUUUUGUAGCCUCAAUGAUGUAUUUUUGCUGUGUCAGGUUAGGCAGCUAUGUUGUAUUAUUAUGUCUUCUGUAAGGUCUGUAAUCUAAUUGGAGAUUUGUAAUUUUUAUUGGUGGCAGUUUCUGACGCUUCGUUAUCCAUGUAUUAUUUUGACUCUAAGUUGGCCAGAUAAAUCAUAAAUAGCUCUCCAAAUUCUGAUUAUGCAGAUUUAGAAUUUGGUUAUA